AUGGACAACCCUCCUUCCAGCGCCAUCAUCCUCGACCCAAAGACGGAAAAGCGCAUCCUCCGCAAACUCGACCUCACGCUCAUCCCCAUGCUGUGGCUACUCAUGAUCAUUUCCUUCGCUGAUCGCAGCGGGAUCGCCAACGCCAAAAUCCAAGGCAUGGACGUCGACCUCGACCUCACCGGCAACAAAUACAACAUGGCCGUCAUGGUCUUCACGAUCGCUUAUAUGAUCUUCGGCAUCCCCGCCAACAUCGUCUUCAGGAUCCUGGGUCCCAAGAGCCUGGCUGGGAUGAUGGUCUUCUGGGGAGUCUGUGCGGGGGCGCAGGGGCUUGUGAAGAACUAUGCGGGACUGGUGGCUUUUCGGUUCUUGAUGGGUGUGUUUGAAGCCGGGUUCGUGCCUGGGUCUGCGUAUCUUAUUGGGUCGUACUAUAAGAAGGAUGAGUUUUUGAAGAGGUAUGCGUUCUUCUUCAGCGGGGCGAUUAUUGCGGGUGCGUUCAAUGGGCUUUUGUCGUUUGCGCUUGCGAAGGCCGAUGGUGCUGGUGGGUUGGCUGGGUGGAGGUGGAUAUUUAUUGUCGAAGGCCUAAUCACCGUCGUCAUGGCAGGCCUAGCCUACGUCCUCCUUCCCAACUUCCCCGAAUCAACCACCCUCUUCCACGGCCACGAAAAAGCCAUCCUUCUCGAACGCCUCCGCCUCGACGGCGGCCUCAUCUCCAACGACGACAACCUCCGCCCAAACGUCCUCGCCGCCCUCCUCGACUGGAAAAUCUGGCUCGCCACCCUCGUCUACAUGUGCGCGCAAGAAAACGUCUCCUCCAUCGCAGCCUUCCUCCCCUCCAUCCUCAAAGGCCUCGGCUACACCUCCGUCUCCGCCCAAAUCCACUCCAUCCCCGUCUACUGCACCGCCUUCGCCCUGACGCUCCUCUGCGCCUACACCUCCGAACGCCUGCACCAACGCUACAUCUUCGCCCUCCUCGGCGCGCUCCUCAACCUCACCGGCCUCGUGCUCCAGCUCGCCUACCCCCACGCCGUCCACGUCCGCUACAUGGGCACGUUCUUCAUGACAUCCGGCUGCUACAUCGUCAUGCCCAUCAUGGUCGUGUGGAACGCGAUUAAUGUCGGCAAGGGGUAUAAACGCGUCGUGGCGUUCGCGAUGACGACCGCGGUGGGGAAUUGCGGGGCGUUGGUCUCUUCGAAUGUGUAUAUUACGGAGGAGGCGCCCGGGUAUCGGACGGGGUUUUCGGUCGGGGUGGGGAUGAGUUGUUUGGCGAUUUUGGCGAUGAUGGGGUUAUAUAUUGGGUUGAGAGUGGGGAAUUGGAGGGGGGAGAGGAAGAUUCUGAACGAAGGUUCGGAGGUUAGUGGGCAUGGGGAGGAGAAUGGGGUUGGAGUGAGGUAUCAGUUGUAG